AUGGCGUCUGGUCAAGGCAAGCAGCAAGGGGGGACCCUGCCGUGGCAGAAGAAUAAGGAUAAGGACAGGGGCAACAGGCCACUGUUCACAGGCGGGCAGAGUGCUGAAAACCAACGGGUGUCUGCCGGAGUUCCAUCCAUUAGCUCUCAUCAAAGACCUCGGUCCUCGGUGUUUCCUCCAAACUCAAGCAUAAAAGAUACACAGCAGACUGAGGUACCCCAGGACAUGGGUCUAGGAAAGGAAGCAACAAUGCUGUCUCUAGUGAUGGAACCCCUCAACAUGGCCGAGUUUCUCACACUGCUUGCAGCCCUAGACCUCUACCCGCAGCCAUUCCCAGAGCGUAGCAACUACAUUGCUGACAUAAUCAACAACGAGAGGGCAGCCCUGUCUGCUAAGGUCACGUCAAUCGAAGCAUCACAAGCAGAGGCAGCGUCAGAAGCAGUAGGCGAAGAGGCAGAAGAAGAGUUAGGAUUAGUAGAGCCAGAUGAAGAAGAGCCCGAAACUGAAUGCUCAAAAACUGACGUGUACGAAGACAUCAGCGGUGAUCUCGACGAAGAGGUGGUCUUCAUCUCUGAAUCUAGAUCCAGACCCCCUGAGCUAGAGAACCCUCAAUCAAAAAAGCAGAAACAAGUUGAAGUGCAGGACCCAAUAGCUCGGAUUGCAGAUGCACCUUGGUCACUCCGCACAAGGCGGGGGCAGGCACGUGUUGAGGACGAGAAUGUGUACAACGUGGAGCGCGUCAUCAAGAGCAGGAUCAGGAAUGGGAAGGAAGAGUUCUGGACGAAAUGGGAAGGGGAAAGUGUGUGCACAUGGGAGACGGAAGAAAACCUCACUUGCUUUGGGUCUGAGUGUGUAGAAGACUACAGAAGAGCUCAGCUUCCAGGAAACUUCUACGAAGCAGACCGCACGGAUCUGCAGCCAGAUGAUGCAGAGCAGGGAGAUGACAAGACGCAAAGAGUCAAGGCCCAGUCCUGCUCCCCGCGCACGUAUGCUGAGCUUGGGAAAGGACGCACUGCAGGCUCUCUUUGGGCUUUCCGUGCGUGCGGGUACAGCUUCCCGCCAAACGAAACUGUCCUUUGUGAAUCAUCUACACAGGUUUGGCACUACCUCUGUGAGCUCUUCCGCGAUACCGACUUCCCCGAGUUCGUUGGCUUUGAUGACAUGUGUCAUCUUGCGCGGUUCAUACUCUCCGGGGAGAGGACCGCUGUUUGCCCCAAAGCGGCGGAGUUCGCAAGGGUCAAAGCAGUGGUCGACAAAUUCCACUUCGACAAGAACCACGUGGGGAAGUGGUGCAAGGAGCACGUGAACCCGCACCACCAUCCAGAGCUCACGAAAGCAAACAUGAGCAUCUGUGAGCAGCGUUUCAGCUGGUUCGGGAAGUACAAGCACAUACUCAGGAAGAUGAACGAGCACCGGUUCCACUUCCUGCUCCUGAUUCUGUGCCAGAUUGACCACAUCCAGCGGGACCGCGACCUAGCGCUGCGACGUGCAGCAAUCUUAUCAGCUUAG